CGCCAAGGUGUCUAGCCCUAGCCUGGAGCUUAGCUAAACUAGCUUUUAAAGUUUCUCGUUUAUGUGUUAAUUGUUAACUAUUACUAAUCAGUUUAAAAGCGAGAGGAGCCAAGAUUGAGACAAAAUGAGCGGUUAUUCAGCCGAUCAACUUCCAGAUAUGCUGCCUUUGUAUUACAAAAAGUUGUUUCCCUUUGGUCCAUACUACCGAUGGUUAAGCUAUGGUAACUUGGACCCGAACUGUUUUCCGAACAGAGAGUUCUCUUUCACCCUUCAAGAUGACAUUUAUAUCCGAUACCUUUCGUUCAACAAUCAGGAUGAAAUGGAGAAAGCUAUUCAGCAGAAAUGUCCAUACAAAAUUGACAUCGGAGCUGUAUACAAUAAAAAGCCUAAAGACCGGCGAAAACAGACAGUGUUCACUCCGCAGCACAAGGAGCUGGUUUUUGACAUCGACAUGACAGACUACGACGACGUGAGGACCUGCUGCUCCGGCACCGACAUCUGCUCCAAGUGCUGGAAAUUCAUGGCUCUGGCUGCGAAAAUACUUGACUCUGCAUUGCGAAAUGACUUUGGGUUUGAGCACCUUCUAUGGGUGUUCUCGGGUCGCCGAGGAGUCCAUUGCUGGGUGUGUGACGCCUCAGCCAGAAUACUCGACCAAUCUGCUCGUUCAGCUGUCGCUGAGUACCUACAGCUUGUCUCUGGCGGAGAAAAUAUGGCCAAGAAAGUGUCCAUUCCCUCCGAAAUGCACCCUUCCAUCAAACGCGCUGUAAACAUAAUCUCCAAAGAAUUUGAUGAAAUGAUCGUUAAAGAUCAAGAUUUUCUUGGAACCAAGGAGGGAAUUCAAAAAGUUAUCGCCUUGAUCCCGGAUCAGAAAGUGCGUGAAGAAGCAGAAAAGGAGCUAAACAAUCACAGCACGUCACAAAAGAGGUGGACGGCCCUCCAACAAGUCAUAAGCCAAGCUCAACUGAAAGGCUCCAUGAGGUGGAAAGGGAAGCAUGUCAUAGACGAGAUCAUGAUUCAGUACGCUUACCCUAGGCUGGAUAUAAAUGUGUCCAAAGGCUUAAACCAUUUGUUGAAAUCUCCAUUUUGUAUCCACCCGAAGACAGGAAAAGUCUGUUGCCCUUUCAAACCGAGAAGUGCUUCGAAGUUUGAUCCCACAACUGUUCCAACCAUCAGUGAGUUGAUUGAAGAGCUGAGCCGAUUCGAUGAGAAACAAACGGAAAACAAAACAGACGACGAAAUCAGCAAAAGAGUAAAAGGCUACAAGAAGACCUCAUUGAACACCAGCGUCCAUAUAUUUGAAGAGUUUUUGAGAAAACUUGAAGCGACUUGGAAGGGCAAAAAGAUCGAGAUCAGUGAUCAGAAAAUGGAGUUUUAAUCAACCAAUGGGAAGAGACUAGUGUAAGUUGUGUAAUUAAUUGUUUUAUAAUUUGUG